AUGGAUGUCGCAGGAAAACUGAUCCCCGAGACCGAUAUGCUGGAUGACCACACACGCAAGCGCAUCCGCGCUAUUUGGGAAAUGGGUCGUCUCCAUACCCACGAGACAUGGCUGUCUGUCUUCCCAGCUGUAUGGGGAGCCAGUAUUGGUGCGAAGUCAGGGAGGACGGAUGGAUGGUCACUUGCCUGGGUUCUGUUCGGCAUCUGGGCAAGUGCGACGGUCUCUCAUGCCGCGUUUUGUACUUGGAACGAUAUCUGUGAUGUCGAAUAUGAUAGACAAGUCGAACGAUGCAAAAGCAGACCACUCCCGUCUGGGCUCGUCUCUGUCAAAGAAGCUACUUUCUUCUUCCUUUGCUGGAUACUUCUCACCCUAGGGACCACGUGGUAUACACUAGGACCUCAAGCAACUCUGUGCACCACACCUGCGUGGCUACUGGGCUUGAUCUAUCCCUUUAUGAAGCGCAUCAUGCCCUUCCCUCAGCUUGUGGUGGGCCUCUCUAUUGCCAGUGGUGUGAUGCCAGGCUAUGUUUCCGUGAAAGGAGAUAUCGAAUUCAAUGGGUCAGUUCUGGCUCUGUUCGGCGCAACUGUUUGCUGGAUUAUUUUCCUCGAUACUGCCUACGCUGUCCAAGAUAUGGUUGACGAUGCGAAGUGCGGAGUCCAGUCGCUUGCGGUGUUCCUUGGACAGCGUGUUCGGGUGUUUCUUGCCCUCGCUGCGAUUAUUUGUAGCGCAUUCUUCGUGGCGGCUGCUUUUCUGAGUAACCGCUCUCUAUUCUACUGGAUCUUUGGUAUCGGGGUAUGGGUGGCAAGUAUGAUACGGAGCAUAUCUCUCUUGGAUCUUAGUGACUGCGCAUCUGGGGGACGUGUGUUUAAGUUUAACAUUAAAGCUGGCUUUUACCUUACGGUAGUUACGCUUGUGGAAGGUUAUCUUCAAGCAUACUUUUUCUGA